GUCUCAGCCUUCUGAAUGCUGGGAUCACAGGCAUGCACUACCAUGCCUGGCUUAGUAUUUAUUUAUAGCUAUCUAAUUUCACAAAGAAGUAGAAGUGAAAUAGUGUCUAGUAGACAAAUGGGAGUCCAUGAGAAUGGUUUAGACUGGAAGAGAGAUUUCAGCCAAGGCCUAGGAGUAGAUGUCAUAUCUUGCAGAGUCAGAAAAGAACAAGGCAUGGGACUUUGAAAACUCAUAUGUUUAAAGGUUGACCACCAGGUGGGAACCCUGAUAUAUGCUCUGUAGUUUGGAGAUCCUUAUUGGGUCUUCCUGCAGCUACUCCUCUCCUUGUAGCAUUAAGACGUCUUAGAGCCAAGGUGACUAGUCUACCCAGUCUCCUUCUUGGUCAGCCUCCUGACUACUUGGAUCCCAGGAUUCUCCCCAGUAGUUCCAAAGAACUGCUGGUUCAGAUUUUAGCUCUUGCCAAGUUGUGAAAAUAGUGAAGGAUGCUUAAACCACUUAACAUUCAAAUUGCUCUCUGGUUAAUCAUCCUUUGAAGACUGGAUUUCUGGAUAUCUACUCUCCAUCUCUAUUGGCUUUUAAAACAUAAUUUAAACCUAUAGCACUGGCAAUCAUCUGUGAACUCUAUGAACCUUUAAUUACAUUGAUUCAUAACGUUUGAAGCUUCCUCAGGGGAAAAAACAAUGACAUCAGCAGUGGUUGACAGUGGAGGUUCUAUUUUGGAGCUUUCCAGCAGUGGAGUAGAAAAUCAAGAGGAAAGUGAAAAGGUUGCUGAGUACCCAGCAGUGAUUGUGGAGCCAGUCCCCAGUGCCAGAUUAGAGCAGGGCUAUGCAGCCCAGGUUCUGGUUUAUGAUGAUGAGACUUAUCUGAUGCAAGAUGUGGCAGAAGAACAAGAAGUUGAGACCGAGAAUGUGGAAACAGUGGAAGCAUCAGUUCACAGCAGUAAUGCACACUGUACUGAUAAGACAAUUGAAGCUGCUGAAGCCCUGCUUCAUAUGGAGUCUCCUACCUGCUUGAGGGAUUCCAGAAGUCCUGUGGAAGUGUUUGUCCCUCCUUGUGUAUCAACUCCAGAAUUUAUCCAUGCUGCUAUGAGGCCAGAUGUCAUUACAGAAACUGUAGUGGAGGUGUCAACGGAAGAGUCUGAACCCAUGGAUACCUCUCCCAUUCCUACAUCACCAGAUAGCCAUGAACCAAUGAAAAAGAAAAAAGUUGGCCGUAAACCAAAGACCCAGCAAUCACCAAUUUCCAAUGGGUCUCCUGAGUUAGGUAUCAAGAAGAAACCCAGAGAAGGAAAAGGAAAUACAACCUAUUUGUGGGAGUUUCUUUUAGAUCUACUUCAAGAUAAAAAUACCUGUCCUCGGUAUAUUAAAUGGACUCAGAGAGAAAAGGGCAUCUUUAAACUUGUGGAUUCAAAGGCUGUCUCUAAGCUUUGGGGAAAGCAUAAGAACAAGCCAGACAUGAACUAUGAAACUAUGGGACGCGCUUUGAGAUACUACUACCAAAGGGGAAUUCUUGCAAAGGUUGAAGGCCAGAGGCUUGUGUAUCAGUUCAAGGAUAUGCCCAAAAAUAUAGUGGUCAUCGAUGAUGACAAAAAUGAAACCUGUAAUGAAGAUUUGGCAGCAACUGCUGAUGAGAAGUCCUUAGAACGAGUGUCGCUGUCUGCAGAAAGUCUCCUGAAAGCAGCAGCUUCUGUUCGUGGUGGCAAAAACUCAUCUCCUAUCAGUUGUUCCAGGGCAGAGAAAGCCAUGGCUAGAGCUGUGAGCAUCACUUCCCCUGGCCAGGAUGCUUCACCCAGGUCUCCCACUGCGGCGUCCGCAUCAGCAGCAGCAGCUCCAAGGACAGUUCGUGUGGCAAUGCAAGUACCUGUUGUAAUGACAUCAUUGGGUCAGAAGAUUUCUACUGUGGCUGUUCAGUCAGUAAAUGCAGGUGCACCAUUAAUAACCAGCACUAGUCCAACAACAGCAACCUCUCCAAAGGUAGUCAUUCAGACAAUCCCUACCGUGAUGCCAGCAUCUGCUGAAAACGGAGACAAAAUCACCAUGCAGCCUGCCAAAAUUAUCACCAUCCCAGCCACACAACUAGCACAGUGUCAACUGCAGACAAAGUCAAGCCUGACUGGGUCGGGGAGCAUUAACAUUGUUGGCACCCCCCUGGCGGUGAGAGCACUCACCCCUGUUUCCUUAGCCCAUGGAACGCCUGUCAUGAGACUAUCCAUGCCUGCCCAGCAGGCGUCAGGCCAGACUCCUCCUCGAGUUAUCAGUGCCGUCAUAAAAGGGCCAGACGUUAAAUCCGAAGCGGUGGCAAAAAAGCAGGAACAUGAUGUGAAAACUUUGCAGCUGGUAGAAGAAAAACCUACAGAUGGGAAUAAGACAGUGACCCAUGUAGUGGUUGUCAGUUCACCUUCAGCUAUUGCCCUUCCUGUAACUAUGAAAACUGAAGGACUAGUGGCAUGUGAGAAAUAAAUAGCAACCCCACCUUGGCUUCAGACUGUAGUAUUGACAUA